UUCUCUUCAGACCUCAUUCGAUAAACAUUCAUAGCUUAAAAUCUAAAUGAACACAAGUUAGCCCUAGCUUCUUUUAUUCAGCAUACUAAUAAACUGAUACCUAUUCUUAAUGUUGACCUUAUGCCAUAACUAUUUCCGAGUGACAUCAAAUAACAAAAGUCCUAAAGAUGAUGUACAAAACUUUAGUAAGAGGAAAUUUGCCUUUGGACUGUUUAUUUUAUUUCUUGUUAGUGUUCUGUGGGUGGUCUCGUCGGAACUAACAAAGUAUAUUUAUGUAGAAAAAAAAUUGGAAAGACCCUUCCUAGUGACAUAUGUAAGGAGUUCACUGCUAUUUGUGUAUCUACUAGUAUUAUGCUUCACCCCACCUACAAGAGAUCCCUGCCAGCCUGCAGACUACACACAACUUAUAGAACCCACCGCGGAAACAGAUGAUGAGAACUUUUACACAGAAGCUAACAACAGUUUGGAAACUACAAGUCAGGGGGGUUACUCAACCCAAGUAGGAGCCCAAACAGCACGCAAUCUGGGUGAUUCUACAUUUAUCCCUGUCCGAGCUGGGGAGACGACAGAUAGUGAUGACGCGACGCCCAGAGCCGUGCGCUUUAACAAAGUGGCAGAGGUGCGAGUGAUGUCGGCGGCGAUGGCGGGCGAGGCGCUGCUGGCGCGCCUGUCGUGGUCGGCGUCGAUGCGCGCCACCGAGUACGCGCAACGCCGCGCCGCCGCCGCUGCCACCCGUCGCCAUCUUAAACUUGCGCUCGUGUUUUCUUUACCGUGGUUCAUAUCAAACUAUCUAUAUCGGUUAAGCCUGCUACACACGACCACGUGCUCGGCCACGCUGUACACGUCGAUAACGGGAGCGUUCGCUCUGUCCAUCGGAGCGAUAUUCGCCCAAGUUCCGCACGAUCGAUUCUCACUCUCCAAAUUUGUUGCUAUCCUGCUCACAACAGCUGGUCUGGUGGUAUUAGGAGUAACAGAAAGUCACCAAAGCAAUUGGACGGCCGUUUUGGCAGCGUUAGGAUCGGCUCUCUGCUAUGCUGUACAUCUCAUAUUAUUUCGUCAAGAGUUAAGGAAAGGAGAUGGCAUCAACUCAUUUCUGCUUGUCGGUGUUGUGGGAUGCGCUUGUGGAUGCUUGGCCUGGGCUUUCGGCGGGCUGUUAGCGCUGGGCGGCGUCGAGAAGGUCGAACUACCCUCGCCUCGCCUGUGGAGUUGGCUGCUGCUGGACGGCGCUAUCGGACCGCUGUUGAUCGAAUCUCUAUGGCUGUGGGGUCGUUGGUUGACGUCAUCACAGACAGCCACGGCGACGCUAGCGCUGACGCUGCCGCUGUGCGCGUGCGCGGAGGCGUGGCGCGGCGCCGGCAGCGUGUGGCGAACCGCCGCCUGCCUCCUGGCGGCCGCGGGCUGGCUCGCCGCCGCCAUGCCCGAGCCCCUCGCCUGGCUCACAGCCAAACUGCGCGCCGCGGAGGGGUUUACGGCCAUCAGAAAUAUAUCCGAGUUGGACGAGCAGUCGGAGGCGCUGAUGUCGUCAGACGAGCCGACGUAACCCAUAUCGAGUCGCGUUUUGGCAUCGCUUCUAGUGUGAAAAGCACGGGGUUUAGUGUGAACACACCUCUUACUCCUAGUCUAUACGUGUACAGUACUACUACUUUUAUAAGUUACAU